GUCACAGCUGUGGUGCACAUGGGGGUUGGUUGAGUAAGAAGGAAGCCACGUUGACACAGAAAGUAGUGUUUUCUGUGUUUUACUCACUCCGUCACGUCGUCAACUCACACCUGUCAACCCAGGAACCUCAGUUUGAGCAUUUAGAGAAAGGUCAAAGACGCCACGUCAUCAUCAUCAUCAUCUGGCAGGAUGAGUGUUGGAUUCAUUGGAGCGGGCCAGCUGGCUCACGCACUGGUGAAAGGGUUCACGGCUGCAGGUGUGAUUGCCACAAACAGGAUUACAGCCAGCUCCCCAGACACUGAUCUGCCCACGGUGUCAGGGCUGAGGAAAAUGGGGGUGAACCUGACGACUAGCAACAAAGAGACCGUCAAUAAGAGCGAUGUGCUCUUCCUGGCUGUGAAGCCCCACAUCAUCCCCUUCGUUCUGGAUGAGAUUGGGCCAGACAUCGAGGACCGUCAUCUCAUAGUCUCCUGUGCGGCAGGCGUCACCAUCAGCUCCAUAGAGAAGAAGCUGGCUCAGUACCGUCCAGCUCCUAAAGUCAUGAGGUGUAUGACGAAUACUCCAGUGGUGGUGAGAGAGGGAGCUACAGUGUACGCCACUGGGACACAUGCAGAGGUGGAGGACGGCAAGUUACUGGAGCAGCUGAUGGGCAGUGUGGGUUUCUGCACGGAGGUGGAGGAAGACCUCAUUGAUGCCGUCACUGGGCUGAGUGGCAGUGGACCGGCCUACGCGUUCACAGCCCUGGAUGCUCUUGCAGACGGAGGAGUGAAGAUGGGUCUGCCCAGAAGACUGGCUGUCAGACUGGGAGCUCAGGCCCUAUUGGGAGCAGCGAAGAUGCUGCUGGACUCGGAGCAGCACCCCGGCCAGCUGAAGGACAACGUGUGCUCGCCAGGGGGCGCCACCAUCCACGCCCUGCACGUCAUGGAGAGCGGCGGCUUCCGCAGCCUCCUGAUCAAUGCAGUGGAGGCUUCGUGCAUUAGGACACGGGAGCUGCAGUUUCUGGCAGACCAGGAGCGCAUCUCCCCAGCAGCCAUUAAGAAAACUACGCUGGACAAGGUGCUCCAGCAGCCCGGAGUCACAGUCAGCGGAGUGGCUAAUGGGAACGGCAGAUCGGGGCUCAGCCUCUUCAACAAUCGUGGCCCCAAUGUCAAGAAGAAGAACUGAAUACACAGAGGCAGGCACACAUACACAUCACAGGACUUAAGCUUACCAACGUGGACACACAUGGACAUACUUGCAGCUUAUACAGCUGGACUGGUCAGAAAUCACAUCCAAAUCAAUUUACAUAAAUGCCAAAUUAUUUAUUUAUACUUCAGUUCCAUGUGGACAUUGGACCUGCUGGUGUCACCACCACAUUACAUACAAGCACAGGUGCAUUCUGGGUGCGUAGCCCACAGUUAUAGCCUUAUGUUGUAAUGCAGGAUUACUGUCUACACGUACACAAAUCGAAAUACACACCGAAGAGCAAAAGUGCAUUUACAAUCUGUUGUCCGUCUGUGUUUGGGCUCUAGACUAUCUAGGGCUGUUUAUAAUGACCCAGUGGGCCAUAAUAAGAUCCUGGUACACACCAGGCAGCAGAUGGCUGCUGGGAUACCAUCAAGUUGUCAGUGUUUGUCUUAAAUGUUUUUCUUUUUAAACAAAAGAAUAGGCCAAAAUGUAUAUCAUCCUGUAUCCUUCUUUUGUUUGUUCUAAUAAUUAUAUUUAGUUUGACCAACAAUAUUAUACUGUUAACAAAGACUGAAUAUGGAUUGAACAACUUUAUUUUUGGUUGUUUUGAUUGUCGUAUACGAACACUAUGAUCUUCAUGGAUAAAAUACCUGCCCUGCAGUGUUACAACGGGGCUGCUAGCACAUUAAGAACAUUUGCCUUUGACCCUGGGACCCACAAAAUAUUUUUUCUCACAUAUAAAGGUCAUUCCAAGCUUUAAAACAAUGCAAAUUCCCCAGUCAGAUCUCUUUUUUCAUUUCCUGACUCUGUGGGUCUUAAACCGUAAAUCUUGAACUGUUAUCUGGAACCUCCUGAUAUUUUAUAAUAUAAAGUCACUUUUGUACAUUUUCUCUCAUAAAGGAAUGUGAUGUUGUUAACCUGAAAGUCCUAAAAGACAUUCAUCUACACGAAGAAACAAGAAUAUAUGAAGAUAUAUUCAUAUAGAUUAUGAUGUAACAGCAUUACAUCAGUCCGUCCAAAUUGUGUAUUUUGUAUUGGUCGUUGUGUUUUUAUCCCCAUAAUGUUACAUGUUAUGUAUUGUUCCGUUUGGUAUAUCAACCACUGAGUUGGCGUGCCGGUCAAUAAGUCAAUAUUAAAACAGCGGAAUCAAA